CAUCACGUAAUUGAGGUUAAAAGAGGCAUUAGUGUACAAAAUAAGUAAUCAUCUUAUUAUAAGUGAGAAAAGAAAAAGAAAAAUGUAUCCAAUUGAGAAAUUGACUUGCAAGGGGCUAAUGAACAUAGUAGAAGAAGAGAGUGAAGAAUAUGAAUUUGUUAAGAAAGGUUUUGUAAAGGGUAUGGGAUUUAUGGGGCAUGUCACAAAUGUCAUGGCUAUUCAUAAGAACAACGUUUCCUCUAGUUUGGUAAGGCAAGCUCGUUUGGAUUCAUUUCACAUUUUUUCUAAGGCGGUGUCAAUUAAAUGCGGAGGGGAUGCUAAUGUGAAGUGUGCUUGGUAUGGUGGCUCAUUAGAUGAACUUAUAGAGAUUGUAUCUAUUGGAUUCACCGGAUGCCACAUUCAUGUAGAGGAUGAUGAGUCUCAUGGUGUUGGAAUUUCCUUAUUUUCUGCCAAUUUUUCCAUUGAUAGUGCAAUGUGUACGGUGGUAGAUGAGAAUGGUUUGAGGCAUGUGAUGCUAUGCAAAGUGAUACUAGGGAAUGUUGAAAAUGUUCCAGCUGAUUCAAAACAGAGCCAGCCUAGUUGUAAGAAAUAUGACACUGGGGUCGAUGAUAUUUCAGCACCAACAAAAUAUAUUAUAUGGACUGCUUUUAUGAAUUCACACAUUCACCCGGAUUAUAUUAUAAGUUUCAACUAUAAUAAUUAUAUCAAGGAUACAUUUUGGACAAUAAAACCUGGAUCACAAUAUGUGAUGUUUCCUAAUCUAGUGGCAAGAGUUUCAAAUCAUUUGAGUCCAUCAAAAAUGUGUUCGUUACUGAAAAGCUACUGGAAUUACAAAGAGGAAAAGAUUAGAAGAGAAAUAUGGAUAAAGAGAGUGAGGAAGAUAGUAGGAGAUGAUGGAUUGCUGCAUUCAGUGAUCACUCAUGGCGAUUUGCAGCCUCUUUAGUUUCAAUUUUUGAUACCUUGAGCUCCACUUAGUAUUAAUUGGAUUACAUAAAACAUCACGGUAAAUGUUAAAUAUUUACAGUUAUUAAGAACUUGUAGUUAACUUUUUAAACU